AUGACAGUCAGUGGCACAGUGUUUCUGGUGGCCGGGACACUCUGCUUCGCUUGGUGGAGCGAAGGGGAUGCAGAUGCCCAACCUGGCCAGCCGGUCCUACCCACUCAACUCCCCAUGCCUGAGGCCCACCGGCCCCUGCUCAGGUCGAUCAGCUUCUUCUGCUGCAGUGCAGGUGGACUACUGCUGCUCUUCGGCCUGCUGUGGUCCAUCAAGGCCAGCACCCGGGGGCCACCCCGAUGGGAUCCAUACCACAUCUCCAGAGAUCUUUACUACCUUACCGUGGAGUCAUCAGAGAAGGACAGCUGCAGGACCCGGAAGGCGGUUGCUAUCCCCACUUACGAGGAGGCUGUGUGCUGCCCACUGGCUGAGGGGCCCCCAACACCAUCUGCGCACCCCAUGGCAGGAGACCUGAAGUGCCAUGGCCCAGAGGAUGCCCUGCUUGUGUGCCAGCCCCUCUCACCUCCGCCCAGCUACGAGAGCAUCAUCCUGGCUCUUGAUACCAUUUCUAGAGAAACAGCGCCUCGUGCUGAAUCCUCCUGCCCAGGCCUGGUUCAAACUGCAGGGAGAGGAAGUUAAAGGCUCCUACAAGGCCCUGAAGCCAGAGACAAAAAUGAUGGGCCUGUUCCAGUGUCCGAACAGUGCCUGGUGCAUAGUAGGCACUCAACGAAUGCUUGUCGCCGAGUGCUGUUUUAUUUAUCUAUUGCUGUGUAGCAAACCACUCCAAAAUUCGGUAGCUUAAAAUAAAUCCCAUUUUAUAUGU